GCCUGCACUGCUGCCUUACAGUCGACACCACCGGCAGACAGCACAGCACAGCACAGCACAGCACAGUAACACACGCUGCAGUGCUGCUUCCCACCACUUAAUGCUAAUUGCACCCACCCACCCCGAGCGAACCACGACAGUCACUCCUUCAGCCUGCACUCUGCAAGUCUUACUGCCAAGCUGAAACGGGAGAAGCAAAACUCACAUAGAGCACCAUAUUCACAUCAGCAUUCAAGCUCACACUCCUUUGAUACAGCAACAAUGGCCGCUCACACACCUUCCACAAACAACAUUCCUUUACAGUGCAGAAUCUGCCCUAAGCGGCCCCAGUUCUCCGAUGUCAGCCAUCUACUCACGCAUGUAGCCAGCAAGAGCCAUCUCAGCAACUAUUACAGGAUGAAGGUGCAAGGUUCAGCUGAUCCGCGGAGCAGAGACGCUGUCGAUUCGUACGAUCAGUGGUAUGAGAGGAACGGCAUCGACGAGCUAAUGCGGGAGCGCAUGAACCAGAAGGACAAGAAGGGCGGUAGUGGUCGUGCUGGUGCUGCUCUUGUCACGUCCCGUAGGGUGUCUGGAGCCAACUCUGUCUCCGCUCGCAGCACGCCGGCAUUCAAUGGCCGCCGCAACACCACCAGACCGCUACGUGACAGCGUGCUUAAUCCGCAGCUGGACACCAGGGUCAAGGUCGAGCCCAACUCGCGUUCAGCGACGCCGGCGUCAGUCAUACCAAUUGCGUCGCCCAUCUUUCCGGCUUACCAGCAAUACGGACAACUUCCGGCCUGGCUCAAUGCAUCAUUCCCGGAAGAGCCGGUGAAGCAAGAGACCAUCAGCAGCUCAAGGUCCGAUGAUGAUGACGACGAUAGCUUCGUACUUGAUCCUCAGCCCCGGCCGAGACGUCCGGUCGCUACUCGCAACCGCCGCCACGACGAUACAUCCAACGACUCCAUCAUCUUCGACGAAGACUGGGAGUGUGGGGAGACAACCACAGAAGCCGCCAAGCUCAAAGGCGUGUUUUGGCCUGGCAUGGCCAUGUUCGACUCCGCCACACCGGAGAUGCGGCGCAAGCGCAACCAGAAGAAAGACUAUUCCGUCGUUGAGCAGCUCAAAGCCACCAGCGAGUUCGUCGAGCCGACGGAGCUGAUCUUCGAUGAUGCUGGCAACUUGCGCAAGCAGCGCGAGAUCACCGGCAACGCCGAGCUUGAGGACGACGACAGUCUACUUUCUGGCGAGAUCGAGCCAGAGCCGGUGCCGGUGCCGAAGAAGCGUCUCCCACGAAAGCCACGGACGGUGCUAACUAACAAGAACACCAACACUGGCCGCUCACUUCGCCGGCGUACCGGAUCUCACCAUCCGCCAUUCGGCAGCACCACCAGAGGUCCAUACUUUGACGGCGUCACUAAGAAUGACGACGACUUGACCUAUGUUGCGCCACGACCGAGGAAGCGUACAGGCUUGAGCAUCCAUCGCGACAACACCGGUCCAGAUAUUACCUUCCCAGCUCAGCCGCAUUCACAGCUCUCGCACAACAACGCAGCGUUCCACACCUCCAUGCAGUCCUACCAGAACAUGUACGGCCAAGCGCCAACGUUCUUUCCAGCGCCCAACAACAUGCAGCGCAGUCACCAGCGCUUGCCGUCUUUCAGCGAGAUCAACAAUCUCUUCGGUGGCGGCUUCCGGCCUGCGAUGGGUGGUAACAUGAUGAUUGCGAACAGUGCCAGCUUCGGCCAGCUCAAUCAUCAAUCGUUGUUCGCCAGCCACCUCAGCACUGCCAAUGGCGGUGCUCCGGCGCUUAACUUUCCGCAGCACUUUCUCGGUAACGACCACCAGCAGCAGUUCUUCUGCAACAACACCAACGCAGGCAUAUUUCAAAUGCCAAAUGUCGGCUACAACCACGCCACCGACGCAGACAUCCUCGCCGCGUUCCAGCAGACUAACGGCAAUGUUGCCCCUCAUAACCUGGAUCAGGGUUUCCACCCGAGCGUCGAGCUGGCAAAUCCGCUUUUUUUCAGCAGCAAUCAGCCCACGCCACCAGAUGAUGAUCAGGCUACCAUUUCGCCGUCGGGCAGCCAGGGGGGGACUUAAGUGGUACGCUGGCUUGACUACAGACAGUAACCACGAUGAACGAUACGACGAUAUAGCGAUGCGAUAAGAGCUCACGACAGCA